GGCUACUGGAAGGGCGGCAAUGUGGAGCUGACAUGUGAUCGCUACGACAUCCCCUUUGUCAAGUCGUUUGCCGAAAACGUGCACGUUGACAAGAAGAAGCCUAAGAAGAAGGCGCAGCUUGAGGCUGAAAAGGAGCAUUUGCAGAGGCAGAUUGAUGCGCUUCAGGAACAGCUGGCCGAGUCGAAAGUGACCUAA